AUGGGUGGUGGGGCGGUAGAAGCCGGAAUGAUGGAAAUGGAAAAAUGGGGGUGCAGGGGAAGGUUAAGCCUAUUGGUUGCUGCUUCAGCGGCAGCCUUUGCAGUCAAGCAGAUUAAUGCAAAAAAUGCAAGGUCAUCGUCUUCUGUGACCAAGCCUUCAGGGAAGGCUGAUGAAUCCUUUAAAGAGAAAGACGAAGAGCAUUCAACAUAUUCUGAAGAUGGCAUCAAAGAGUUGGCUGACUUGCAGAUUGAGGAGGAAGAGGAAAAGGAAGAAGUUAAAUUAAUUAAUGGCAUUAUAAAUCCAGCUCCAAGGAUUUCAUCCGAGUAUGACGAUGAGAUAUUGCCUGAAUUUGAAAAUCUUUUGUCUGGUGAGAUUGAUUUUAUAUUACCUGAUGACAAAUAUGAUACAGCAAAAGGCUCCAAAGAAGAUAGAGACAGGUUAUAUGAAAAUGAGAUGGUAUCUAAUGAAAACGAGCUGGUACGAUUACGCAAUUUAGUGAAGGAAUUGGAGGAAAGGGAAGUGAAGCUUGAAGGUGAAUUACUUGAGUAUUAUGGAUUGAAGGAGCAAGAAACAAAUAUUGCUGAGUUACAAAAACAGCUGAAGAUAAAGACUCUCGAAAUUGAUAUGCUGAACGUAACAAUAAAUUCCCUGCAGACUGAGAGGAAAAAACUUCAAGAGGAAAUAUCGCAGGGGGCUUCUUUGAAAAAAGAGCUAGAGGUUGCUAGAUAUAAAAUCAAGGAGCUGCAAAGACAAAUUCAGCUUGAAGCAAACCAGACGAAAGGCCAGCUCUUGUUGCUCAAGCAGCAAGUAACUGGGCUUCAGGCAAAAGAAGAGGAAGCUUUCAGAAAAGAUUCUGAGAUUGACAAGAAGCUUAAAGCUGCUAAGGAGCUGGAGGUGGAGGUUAUGGAAUUGAAAAGGAAAAAUAAAGAGCUUCAGUAUGAAAAAAGGGAGUUGGUUGUCAAGCUUGAUGCAGCUGAGGCCAAAGUAGUAUCCCUUUCAAACAUGACAGAGACUGAAAUGGUUGCAAAGGUAAGGGAGGAGGUCAAUAGCUUAAAACAUGCAAAUGAGGAUCUUGUGAAACAAGUGGAAGGACUUCAACUGAAUAGGUUCAGCGAGGUUGAAGAGCUUGUGUACCUUCGUUGGGUCAACGCAUGCUUAAGAUAUGAGCUCAGAAACUAUCAAACACCUUCUGGAAAAAUUUCGGCUCGCGAUCUAAACAAGAAUUUAAGCCCAAGAUCUCAAGAGAAGGCCAAACAACUAAUGUUGGAAUAUGCAGGAUCAGAACGAGGACAAGGGGACACAGACCUUGAAAGCAACUUCUCUCACCCUUCAUCUCCUGGAAGUGAGGAUUUUGAUAACACUUCAAUUGAUAGUUCCAUGAGUAGAUAUAGCAGUGCAAGUAAGAAGCCUGGUUUAAUUCAAAAGCUGAAGAAAUGGGGCCGAAGUAAAGAUGACUCAUACUCUCCAGCAAGAUCAUUUGGAGGAGUCUCUCCUGGCCGGAGUAGUAUGAGCCUCAAACCAAGAGGACCUCUAGAAUCAUUGAUGUUAAGGAAUGCAGGUGAUAGUGUUGCCAUAACUUCCUUUGGGACAGCUGAGCAGGAUGUACCUGGUUCUCCUGGAACUCCAGCAUCCUCGCAGAUCAGAACCCAAGAUGACUCGCUUAAUUCAGUUGCAUCAUCAUUUCAGUUAAUGUCUAGAUCAGUUGAAGGCACUCUGGAUGAGAAGUAUCCUGUUUACAAAGACAGGCAUAAGCUUGCCUUAGAGAGAGAGAAACAUAUCAAGGAGAAAGCUGAUCAAGCAAGAGCUGCAAGGUUUGGUGACACUUCAAGUUUCAAGCUAGACAGAACUAAAUCAGUGACUUUACCCUCAAAACUUUCUCAGAUAAAAGAGAAAACACCAGUUUCUGUUGAUGCAAGUGCGAUGUCUGGUGACAUCAAGAGUGAUACUCAAGAAGUGAGUAAAAUGAAACUGGCUCAUAUCGAGAAACGUGCUCCGCGAGUCCCUCGCCCACCUCCUACGCCAUCAGCAGGUGCUCCUGCAGGCCCAACUACAAAUGCUGCAAGUGGAGGAGGCCCACCUCCACCACCGCCUCCACCAGGUGCUCCCCCACCUCCGCCUCCACCUGGUGCUCCCCCUCGUCCACCUCCUCCCCCAGGAUCUCUUUCCAGAGCUGGAGGUGGUGGUGAUAAGGUUCAUCGUGCACCUGAACUUGUUGAAUUCUACCAAUCUCUGAUGAAACGUGAGGCAAAGAAAGAUUCAUCAUCACCUUUGAUAUCUUCGUCCUCAAAUACAGCAGAAGCUAGGAGUAACAUGAUUGGAGAGAUAGAGAACAGAUCAUCCUUCCUAUUGGCUGUAAAAGCUGAUGUGGAAACACAAGGUGAUUUUGUCCAGUCAUUGGCAACUGAAGUUCGAGCAGCCUCAUUUACCAAAAUAGAAGAUUUGGUGGCAUUUGUGAACUGGUUGGACGAGGAACUCUCCUUUCUGGUUGAUGAACGAGCAGUUCUCAAGCAUUUUGAUUGGCCUGAAGGGAAAGCAGAUGCACUAAGAGAAGCAGCCUUCGAGUUUCAAGACCUAGUGAAGCUGGAGAAGCAAGUAACUUUGUUUGCUGAUGAUCCUAAUCUUCCUUGUGAAGCUGCUCUAAACAAGAUGUACAAGCUGCUUGAGAAAGUUGAGCAGAGUGUCUACGCACUGUUGCGCACUAGAGAUAUGGCAAUGUCUCGUUACAAAGAAUUCGGAAUCCCAGUUGACUGGUUGUCUGAUUCUGGAUUGAUUGGCAAGAUCAAGCUCUCAUCGGUUCAGUUAGCAAGGAAAUACAUGAAACGUGUAGCAUCAGAACUUGAUGCUUUGACUGGACCUGAGAAAGAGCCUAACAGGGAGUUUUUGGUUUUACAAGGGGUUCGUUUUGCUUUCCGUGUUCAUCAGUUUGCUGGAGGAUUUGAUGCGGAGAGCAUGAAGGCAUUUGAAGAACUGAGGAGCCGAAUGCAGUCAAGCGAAGAAAAGAAAACAGAUGAAUGA